CACCUCCUCUGCUCGACCAAAGAGGGGCGCUCCCUGUCUCUCUCUUUUCAAAUGGCGACGGCACCGCGAGGCUCAGUUUCACCGCAGAGGAGAACAGGCACAAAUUCGGGAGCGACCGACAAGGCUGCCAAACGUCGGGCAAACGACCUUCUGCGAAACUACUACGGCCUCUCCUCUUCAACCUCCUCUGCCUCUGCAGCAGCCAAUGCCGAUGGCGCCGCAGGUCUGUCGUCACUGGCGACUGUCCGACCCGUCGGCCCACCCGACACGGGCGAUGCACGCGACCCUGACAGCUCCAAAUUUGACAGCGCGCUCGCAUUCAAGCUCCUCCUGCGCGAAAAGGGACUCUCGCAGCUCCUUGCCGACGAAUCGGACCUUCUGACCGAGAUCAGGGAGCUCGAUGGGGAGAGACAGAGCCUGGUGUACAACCACCACCACGAGCUCGUGGCCGCCAGCGAGACGAUUCGAAAGAUGAAAGACCGGGCAGAUGCCUUAACUCCCAGCCUUUCAUCACUUCAGCAGUCGCUGCGAGACACUUCUACUACGUCAAAAGCGCUUGCGAUUCCCCCUGACCUCGUCGGUACCAGAUCUGAGUCGCAUUCAAAGGAGAAAAAACUCAACGCAGAGGAGGCACAGCGCCUCCUGGCGCCCGUCGUGGAGCUGCCACAUCAACUGAGGGAUCUCAUCCUGCUUGGAGAGCCGACCAACGGGGCUAAGCAGAGUGCCGACGAGGAAGCGGGCGUGAUUGUCAUCAAUCGCGAUGGCCUCGCAGCGGCAGAGAGGCUGUGGGGACGCAUGGAAGCCGUGCUGUCCGCUUGGGUCGAUGCCGGUGUGCCGGGCGCAAAGGACAUCUCUGCAGAAUGCCGUGCGGUCCUCAGAGAGGCAAGAGCCACCGCCGCUGCCGAUGGCACACAGUGAUGGUAGAUACAGAGGCUGGAACAUAUUCACAUUGUACAAUUACAUCAGAUAGAACGCAUAC